GGCAGUGUGCACCGUAGGAGUGCGGAAAGCGAUGCGUCUGCUAGCACGUUAAACUUUCUGACACAAACAACGUGUCUGCAAGCGGAAUGAAGAACUUUGGUAUCAGCCAGCGGUGGCCAUAAAUGGGAACGGCGGGCCCAUGGUUUCGUCUGCAAGCGGUCGUCUGCUCUCUCUUCGUGGGCUCGCGGAAUAUCAUCCGGUGAACGAUGCCGCAACGACCAUCAUCUCCGUCGAGACACCGCCCGACGAUGCGUCGCCACAGUCCGUGGCCCACGGCAGGGGCUCCGCGCUGCAGGCCCUGACGACGCUGACGCUGGUGCUGUGCGUGCUUCUGACGCUGCUGUGGGGCAAGCAGUAUGCGCGCCACUGGCUCCUCUGGCUCGACAGCCAGGAUCGAGAGACCGUCUGCCUCGUCUUCCUCAUCAUGUACACUUUGGUCGCUUUUCCGCUCACCUGGGGCUACAUCCUGCUCAACUUCGCUUGCGGCUACCACUUCGGCCUGGUGCUCGGCGUCGCCGUGACGGCUGGCGCUGCCACCUUCGGUAUCUCGGUGGCGCACACGGUGAUGAAGCGGUUCUUUCUCGGCUUCAUCAUGGCCCGGCUGCUCUCUAGCGAUGUGGUCAGAUCGACCCUGGCGCUGCUGGACACCGGUCACGCUUUCAAGGUGGUCAUCAUAUCCAGGCUCACGCCCAUUCCCUUCGGCCUGCAGAACGCCAUGUUCGCCGUGAGCCAUAUCAGCCUGGGCCGGUACGUGACUGCUUCAGCCCUGGGCCUGGUGCCGACACAGGUCAUCAACGUGUAUCUGGGGACCACUGUGCGCUCCAUGGAGGAAGUGCUGGACACCACUGCAGCCACUGGCUAUGCUGUGCUGCUGGCUCAGGUUGUCCUGAGCAUUGGCCUGAUGGGGUUGAUUGUGAGGAAAGCAAGGAAAGAGCUUCAGGACGCUGUCCUGUCUUCGGGCUAUCCCAAGGUGGCUCUUGACACGGCCUUCAGGCCAGAGUUCCCGUGGAUACCAGUGAGCCCACUGCCAACAUGGACCCGCAAGAGGCCUACAUGACUAGCUCUGUUUUCUUGACGAGUAUUUAGCUUGACUCAGCUUGUCGAACGGUCAGAUCCUUUUUGUUGACAACCACAGCAAUGUGUUUCCCUUUAACAUCUCUACCUGUUCCUUAUAUCGUCGUUUCCAGGGUUCCAGUCUGCAGAACAGGGCAACACACAUUUUCUACUUAGUUAUCCCUUUAAAUGUCUCAAUUUCUUCUUGUUUACAGCUCUAGCUUCCUAGAAGCAGGAUGGGGAUGUUGUUGCAUCCUGGAGGGUUGUUUUCUUUAGGGUUAUUUAUGACAGGAUCAAAGGCAUUGUUUCUGCCCUUUUAGUUCCAUGCCUGUAAAGGUAAGGACUUUGUCCAUGAGUGCAAAUUAUAUGGUCUUACUAUUUAACACAGUGCACAGACCACUACUUAACAAACUACUUGAUGCUUCUUACUUAUGGCAUACAAUGUUAGAGUUGCACAAUUUUUGUCUAACUCUCCAGCAUAUCUUUGGAACUCACCAGAACUCGGUGAAGGGUAGUGUAGCUACUGCAUUAGCUGUUCUUAAGUUAUACACUUGUUUAAAGUCACAAUUGUUUGAUGACUGCACUCCUUAUGUUUAAUUUCUCAUUUUUACAAGUUUUUUUUUUUUUUUUAAGGUUGCGUGUAGAUUGUUUUCUCACUCCAUUUAUUAUUUAGCACUUUUUGAAGGGACUAUUCCUUGUUCAAGUAGGUUUCCUGUUGUCUUGGAAUGCUCUGCAAAUACAGCAGUUUAGCUAAGCAAGUUCUCAAAAUUGGCUUUGUGCAUUAAUUAAGACGUUGAAAGCCACAGGUCUUGAUUAUUCAAAAUUAGCUAUCGAAAAUAAUUAUUUGUGCCUUGUACUCAACAAAAGUUCGUAAAUUUACGGACUGCUAUUCUCCUUAUGUCUUUGCUGUUUCAUAGCGUUACCAUUUUUUGUGUGUGUGAGAGCUUUCUACUUAUCAAGAUGAGCUGACAUGGGUCAACACUUUUUGUUUCUGCAACUUGUUUUAAGAUUUUUCUGUGAAACUUAUAGUUCCUACAUAGAAAUAAAAUUUGUAUGUUUCCUAGAGA